UUUCAGGUCAUAAUCGAAUAUUGAACCACUUUCCUUGUGGUCGUGGAAUAAUUGUCGUGUUGCGUUCUGCGACAGUUUGCUAUAUCCUGAUAUCCUGAGCACUCUUUUAUCUCUUCCGUUCGCUCCCGUGCAACCAUCAUGGCCAAUUCCAACAUCAAUUCAGAUCCAGAACGAGUCAAGUUUGCGUACUGGGUACCUAAUGUCUCUGGAGGCUUAGUGAUAUCAAAAAUCCCACAAAAGACAAGCUGGGACCUGAAGUCAAACAUCAGCUACGGACGAACUGCCGAGGACGUCGGUUUUGAGUACGCACUCACUCAGAUUCGGUUCACGGCCGGGUACGGCGCUGCAAAUCAGCACGAAUCAGUCAGCUUCAGUCAAGCUAUCCUGCAGGGUACGGAGAAGCUGAAGCUCAUUGCCGCGCUUCUGCCUGGACCGUGGAAUCCAGCCGUCGCAGCAAAGCAGAUUGCAUCCAUCGACAACUAUUCAGAAGGCCGAAUUGCAGUCAAUGUCGUGAGCGGAUGGUUCAAAGGCGAGUUCACGUCCAUUGGGCAAUGGUGGCUCGACCACGCAGAGAGGUAUCGUCGAAGCAGAGAGUUCAUGGAGUGUCUACGAGGCAUCUGGACAGCAGGCGAAGACGGAUUCACUUACAAGGGAGACUUCUAUCAGUUCCACAACUACAACCUCAGCCCUAAGCCGAUCCAGAAGCCGCAUCCCGAGAUAUUCCAGGGUGGUAACAGCGACGACGCACGAGACAACGGUGCUGAAGUGGCUGAUUGGUAUUUCAUGAAUGGCAACACACUCAAGGGCUUCCGUGAUCAGAUCCAAGACGUCAAGGCACGUGCCCGCAAAGUUGGUCGCGAAGAGCACGUCAGAUUCGCCGUCAACUCGUUCGUCAUCCUGAGACCGACCGAAGCUGAGGCUGUUCUACAGCUUCAGGAAAUCCAGGGCAAGGCCGACAAGGAGGCCGUAGAAGCAUUCGGUGAGGCUGUCAAGUCUGCUGGAAGCUCGACCAGCAACAAGAAGGGCAUGUGGGCGGAUAGCAAGUUUGACGACCUUGUACAAUAUAACGAUGGCUUCAAGACGAAGCUCAUUGGCACCGCAGAGCAGAUUGCAGACCGAAUUCUACUGCUCAAGAGUCUCGGCGUCAAUCUGGUGCUGACGGCAUUCCUUCACUACGAGACAGAAAUUGCGGCAUUCGGAGCAGAGGUCCUGCCAUUAGUGCGUAAGCUCGAAGCUGAAGGCCGUGGAAAGGAUGCAGAGUUUGAGAUUGCGAAGACUGGAGCAGUGUAUGAAGACAAGAGAGUCGUGAAUGGCGACGCGAAUGGAGACGCGCGACCGGCGAAGCGCGCGAAGAAGGCCUGAGGCAGUACUUGCAGCCUGGGGCAGUAAUUGUAGCCUGAGGCACCGAGUUUCAUCGUCGGCGAGAUCACCUCUCUAUUUCUGUCUUCUCUAAAAUCUACUGUACAAAUCAGCAUAUACCUAAUACUAGUCUAGUAGUCGUGCAAGUAUGGUAAUGAUCCAAGCGCCUGAAUGGCGGA